CGGAGCUGGACUGAGGCGCAGGCUCUGGAUGUGUCCUCAUGAUUUUUACCCUCUUCUCUUUAAAAUCGGACCUUGGAUUUAGCCCCCUGUGGACGAGAUCAGUGGACAAGAGAAGACCGAACAGUGGAGUCUUCAGGAAAGAGGUAAAUUAUGCUGGCAGCAGCUGAGGUUGAGGCCCUGGUGACGCGCCAGCUCAUUGGUCAGACAGCUGUGCCCUGCUCUCACCCGUCUCUGUGCCCUGGCGGGUCCAUGCUGCUGGAUGCCCCUCACCGAAGCACACCCGCAGCAUGAGCGCCAACGGGCCCGCCCCAGACCCCACCUCCACCCCGGCUCCAGCCCCUCCGCCACCUCCGCCUGCACCUGCCCCUGUGUCCAGCACCAUCCCUGUGGGUGCUCUGGCACAGAAGAAGAGGCAGCAGUAUGCCAAAAGCAAGAAGCAGGGCAGUAAUGCCAACAGCAGGCCGCCCCGAGCGCUCUUCUGCCUCAACCUCAACAAUCCUAUACGCAGGGCCUGCAUCAGCCUGGUGGAGUGGAAGCCAUUUGAUAUCUUUAUUUUGAUUGCUAUUUUUGCCAACUGCAUGGCCUUAGCUGUCUAUGUCCCUUUCCCUGAAGAUGACUCCAACUCUACAAACCACGACCUGGAAACAGUUGAAUAUGCCUUCCUCAUCAUUUUCACAAUUGAGACCUUUCUGAAGAUUAUCGCGUAUGGUUUGGUGAUGCACCAAAACGCUUAUGUGCGAAACGGCUGGAAUAUGCUGGACUUUGUCAUCGUUGUCAUUGGACUCUUCAGUGUUGCUCUGGAGAUGCUGACCAAAGAUGAAAAGGGAGAGAGUGAAGGCGAAGCCCACCACGCAACAAUGCAUGGUCACGGGGGCAAACCAGGAGGAUUUGAUGUUAAAGCCCUUCGAGCUUUCCGUGUGCUGCGACCACUGCGGCUUGUCUCAGGAGUACCCAGUUUACAGGUGGUGUUGAACUCUAUUAUUAAAGCCAUGGUUCCUCUUCUGCACAUCGCCCUGCUGGUCCUGUUUGUUAUCAUCAUUUAUGCUAUUAUUGGCCUGGAGCUUUUCAUUGGCAAAAUGCAUGCAACCUGCUACUUUCCUGGCUCAGAUGUGAUAGCUGAAGAUGAACCUGCUCCAUGUGCGAUCUCUGGACACGGCCGCCAGUGCCCCAUGAAUGGCACUGAGUGUAGAGAAGGAUGGCAUGGUCCCAACAAUGGCAUCACCAACUUUGAUAACUUCCUGUUUGCCAUGUUAACGGUGUUCCAGUGCAUCACUAUGGAGGGCUGGACAGAUGUGCUCUACUGGAUGAACGAUGCUAUGGGCUUUGAGCUUCCAUGGGUGUACUUUGUCAGUCUUGUGAUCUUCGGCUCGUUUUUCGUUCUUAACCUGGUUUUGGGUGUUUUGAGCGGAGAAUUUUCCAAGGAGAGAGAGAAAGCCAAAGCUCGUGGAGACUUCCAGAAGCUGCGUGAGAAGCAGCAGCUGGAGGAGGACCUGAAGGGCUACCUGGACUGGAUCACUCAGGCCGAGGACAUUGACCCGGACAACGAAGACGAGGCGGACGAGGACAGCAAACGAAACCGGGUGACUCUGGCUGACCUCACCGAGAAGAAGAAAGGAAGGUUUGGGUGGUUCAGCCAGUCGUCCGACACUCAUGCGAGUGUCCCUGCCAGUGAAACAGAGUCUGUGAACACAGAGAAUCAAACGGAGGAUGAGAAGACACCAUGUUGUGGACCUCUGUGUCAAAAAAUUUCAAAGUCAAAGUUCAGUCGGCGUUGGCGCCGGUGGAACAGAUUUUGCCGCAGGAAGUGCCGGUUGGCUGUCAAAUCGGUGCCUUUCUAUUGGCUGGUCAUCAUCCUGGUGUUUCUGAACACUCUCACCAUAUCUUCUGAGCAUUACAACCAGCCGAUGUGGCUCACACAAGUGCAGGAUGUGGCCAACAAGGUGCUGCUGGCUCUUUUCACAUGUGAGAUGUUGGUGAAGAUGUAUAGUCUUGGUCUCCAGGCCUAUUUUGUUUCCCUGUUCAACCGUUUUGACUGCUUCGUGGUGUGUGGAGGGAUCACAGAGACCAUCCUGGUGGAGUUUGAGAUCAUGUCUCCUUUGGGCAUCUCUGUGUUUCGAUGUGUGCGUCUGCUGAGGAUCUUUAAAGUCACCCGACACUGGCAGUCGCUCAGUAACCUUGUGGCCUCACUGCUUAACUCCAUGAAAUCUAUUGCUUCCCUGCUGCUGCUGCUCUUCCUCUUCAUCAUCAUCUUCUCACUGCUGGGCAUGCAGGUGUUUGGGGGGAAAUUCAACUUCGACGAAACACAGACCAAAAGAAGCACUUUCGAUAACUUCCCCCAGGCCCUGCUCACUGUGUUUCAGAUUCUGACUGGAGAAGACUGGAACGCUGUCAUGUAUGAUGGGAUCAUGGCCUAUGGGGGACCUUCUUCUUCGGGGAUGAUUGUCUGCUUUUACUUCAUCAUCCUCUUCAUCUGUGGAAACUAUAUCCUCCUGAAUGUCUUCUUGGCUAUCGCUGUGGACAACUUGGCUGAUGCAGAAUCUCUCAACACUGACGGUGGGGACACAAAAGGGGACAAAGGUGAUGAUGCCAGAGAUGACCUGGGGGAUGAGGAGGACAAUGACGACACAGCAGGCGAGGAGGAGGACCCUGAGGUUCCAUCUGGACCCCGACCCGCCAUCUCUGAACUGGUCAAAAAGGAGAAGAUUACACCCAUACCCGAGGGAAGUGCCUUCUUCAUAUUCAGCAACACCAACCCUGUCCGUGUAUUCUGCCAUCGCCUCAUAAACCAUCACAUCUUCACUAACCUCAUCCUGGUAUUCAUCAUGCUGAGCUCAGUGUCCCUAGCCGCUGAGGACCCGAUAAGAAACUGCUCUGCUCGCAAUAUUGUCCUAGGCUAUGCAGAUUAUGUCUUCACUAGUAUGUUUACAUUUGAGAUCGUAUUGAAGAUGACCACAUAUGGGGCUUUUCUUCAUAAAGGAGCAUUCUGCAGAAAUUAUUUCAACCUCCUCGACCUGUUGGUGGUGGGCGUGUCUCUUGUGUCCUUCGGCAUUCAGUCUUCCGCCAUUUCUGUCGUGAAGAUUCUGAGAGUGCUUCGAGUCCUGAGGCCCCUGAGGGCUAUCAACCGAGCCAAAGGUUUAAAGCAUGUCGUGCAGUGUGUGUUCGUGGCCAUUCGAACCAUCGGAAACAUCAUGAUUGUCACCACUUUACUUCAGUUUAUGUUUGCCUGCAUUGGUGUUCAACUUUUCAAGGGAAAGUUUUAUCGCUGCUCAGAUGAAGCUAAGUCUGUCCCAGAAGAGUGCAAAGGCACCUACAUCGUAUACAAGGAUGGAGAUGUGAACCAGCCCAGUGUAAACAGACGCGUGUGGCACAACAGUGACUUUAACUUUGAUAACGUCCUGAUGGCCAUGAUGGCUCUAUUCACUGUGUCCACCUUUGAAGGCUGGCCUGCGUUGUUGUACAAAGCUAUUGAUUCCAAUCGGGAGAACAUGGGUCCAAUUUACAACUAUCGUGUAGAGAUCUCCAUCUUCUUCAUCAUCUACAUCAUUAUUAUCGCCUUCUUCAUGAUGAACAUCUUUGUGGGUUUUGUCAUCGUCACGUUUCAGGAGCAAGGAGAGAAAGAAUACAAAAACUGUGAACUCGACAAGAACCAGCGUCAGUGUGUGGAGUAUGCCCUGAAAGCCCGACCAUUGAGGAGAUAUAUCCCCAAAAACCCAUACCAGUACAAGUUCUGGUACGUGGUCAACUCCACAGGGUUUGAGUACAUCAUGUUUGUACUCAUUAUGCUCAACACACUCUGUCUGGCUGUACAGCAUUAUGGCCAAUCAGCACUUUUUAACUAUGUCAUGGACAUCCUUAACAUGGUUUUUACUGCUGUCUUCACUGUUGAAAUGGUUCUUAAACUGAUUGCUUUCAAGCCCAGGGGCUAUUUCGGAGAUGCCUGGAAUGUUUUCGACGCGCUGGUUGUGAUUGGCAGCAUAGUAGACAUUGUUCUCAGUGAAAUUGAUAUGGCGCUUGGUCACCCGCUUCAUGCCCCUCCGAACACAGAGGACAGCGCCCGCAUCUCCAUCACUUUCUUCCGACUGUUUCGAGUCAUGAGGCUGGUCAAGCUGCUCAGCAGAGGGGAGGGCAUCCGCACUUUGCUUUGGACUUUUAUCAAAUCCUUCCAGGCUCUGCCAUAUGUUGCUCUUCUGAUAGCCAUGCUGUUCUUUAUCUACGCUGUGAUUGGGAUGCAGGUGUUUGGAAAGAUAGCAAUGGUGGAUGGCACACAAAUAAACAGAAACAACAACUUCCAGACCUUCCCUCAGGCCGUUCUGCUCCUCUUUAGGUGUGCCACUGGAGAGGCCUGGCAGGACAUCAUGCUGGCCUGUAUGCCUGGGAAACUGUGUGACCCUGAGUCGGAAAUUAACCAGGGAGAGGAGAUGACCUGUGGCAGCGGCUUUGCUAUUAUUUACUUUAUCACCUUUUACAUGCUCUGCGCUUUUCUGAUUAUAAACUUGUUUGUGGCUGUUAUCAUGGACAACUUUGACUAUCUAACACGCGAUUGGUCCAUUCUUGGUCCACACCAUCUGGAUGAAUUCAAAAGGAUCUGGUCUGAGUAUGACCCAGAGGCAAAGGGCAGGAUCAAACAUCUGGAUGUUGUGACUCUCCUGCGUCGUAUCCAGCCGCCUCUUGGUUUUGGAAAACUCUGUCCUCACAGAGUGGCUUGCAAGAGGUUGGUAGCCAUGAACAUGCCCCUCAACAGUGAUGGCACAGUUAUGUUCAAUGCUACUCUGUUUGCUCUGGUACGGACAGCUCUCAAGAUCAAAACUGAAGGCAAUCUGGAGCAGGCCAAUGAAGAGCUGCGGGCAGUCAUCAAGAAAAUAUGGAAAAGGACUAGCAUGAAGCUGUUGGAUCAAGUAGUACCCCCUGCUGGUGAUGAUGAGGUAACCGUGGGGAAGUUCUAUGCCACUUUCCUGAUACAGGACUACUUUAGGAAAUUCAAGAAACGUAAAGAGGAAGGCCUAGUCGGUGAACACCCGACCCAGAACAACACAGCCAUCGCUCUGCAGGCUGGCCUUCGCACUCUCCAUGAUAUUGGGCCUGAAAUCCGACGAGCCAUUUCAUGUGAUCUGCAGGAUGAUGAACUAGUAGACUUUAUCCCAGUGGAAGACGAGGAGGUUUAUAGGCGCAAUGGGGGGCUUUUCAGUAACCACCUCAUGAACGGCCACCAUCGACGAUCCAACGCACCUCAGACCAAUGCCACACAGCGCCCCCUACAAGUGCAGCCCCCGCCCCACUACGCUCAUAUGGAGGAGCCCGUGGGCAGACUGUCCCGGGCCAAUGCUAUGGCCCACCCCAACCACCAUCAUCAUCACCAUCAUCAUCAUCGGCACCAUAAUAACUCCUACGGCAAAUCUCCCAAAUCAACCAACAUAAACCUGAACAACGCCAAUGUGUCCAGCCUCCCUAAUGGGCACCAUCAUUACUAUGAGCAUGUGCCCCCCAAUGGCUAUCCCGGUCUGCGGCCCAACUACUAUGACAAAACUCCACAGGGACAAAGGUCCCAGGGCGGAGACAAGCGCCACCCAACGAUCCGGAGAGAGGAGGAGUUUGACGAGGACCGCUUGUCUGGAGAGUACUACAGCGGGGAGGAGUUUUAUGAGGACGACACAGGGGACAGAUAUCAAAAUAGUGAUGCAGAGUAUGAAACUCCAAAAGGCUACCACCACCCAGACAGUUACUACGAUGAUGAUGAACAGCCCCUUUAUCGUGAUUCACGUCGAUCACCAAAGAGACGUCUGCUUCCUGCCACACCUCAAGGUCACAGGAGACCAUCUUUCAACUUUGAGUGUCUGCGCAGGCAAAGUAGUCAGGAUGAGCUUCCACAUCAGCGCACUGCGUUACCACUGCACCUUAUGCAGCACCAGGUCAUGGCUGUAGCAGGACUGGACUCCAGCAGAGCCCACCGCCUCUCCCCGACCCGCUCCACUCGCUCCUGGGCCACACCCCCCACCACCCCAGCCAGUAAAGAGCAGUCACCCUACUACACCCCUCUGAUUCGCGUGGACCACCCUCACAGGGAGAGCGUGGCUAGCAGCCAGGUGUCUGUCCGAAAGAGCUCUUGGUACACAGAUGACCCUGAGUUCUCCCAGAGGAUCUACUCUCCACUUCACCUUCAAGUGCCACCGGAGUACCACAGCCAGUACCACCAAAAGAGGGGCAGUGCCACCAGCCUGGUUGAAGCGGUUUUGAUAUCAGAAGGUCUUGGGAGAUUUGCCAAGGAUCCUAAUUUUGUGGCUGCCACUAAGCAUGAGAUUGCAGAUGCAUGUGAAAUGACAAUAGAUGAGAUGGAGAGUGCAGCCAGUCACUUGUUAAAUGGAGGCAUGGCACCAGGUAUCAAUGGGGUCAGUGUGUUUCCGAUACUGAACCCCAGGGACUAUGACCUGCCGGACAAUGCAGCCAGCUACAGUGACGAGGAGCCUGAGGCAGAGCCACGUGCUCACUAUGAGGAGGACCUAGCAGAUGAGAUGAUCUGUAUCACCACUUUAUAGCAGUGGCUGCUGAAACAUUCAAACUUUUUCAGAAACAAUCAGUUAAACAUAAAUGCAUCUGUUGGCUCUAACCAAAAGAAGUGCCUUUACACCUGAGGAGAAAGGCAUAAAACAUUGUGUUCACCUGUUCUCUGCCCAAACAAGGUCCCGGUGCAGGAGUACACUCGAAGCCUUGGCCUGGAGGGGGCACACCCUGUAGCCAAUUGGACGAGGGGACACUGAUGCAGUGAAAGACCUGGACCAAUGGCGGAGGGGCAUACAGGGUGGUCUCAAAGGGUGAUGACAAUCAGAUUUUUGAUGUCAUUACCUCAGUCACUUUACUAAGGUUUGGCAUAUCAUGCAAGUUUUCAAUGCAAGCAUAGAAAGGCAUAUCUCCCUCUUAGUUUUAGCUGACCCCACUUUAUUAUUUCUAGGUAACAGUAAAAGCACCACCAGAGUUAUAUUAGAUAAUGCAGGACAUGGCGGUCCUAAUUAUAGCAUUUUUCACCUGGAGAUGUACUUUUAAAGUGACAAACGCAUUUGUAAUAAUGCACUAGAAGGCAGGUUAUUUAAAAUUUUAGAAUAGCCUGAUUAAUAUUUCAUUGCUGUACAUUGUAUUAUACAACAACUUUGUAAAGAGAUUUAUAUUUUGUAAUUAUGUAUCAUUUUAAAUAUCAGCAAUAUGGUUCCAACUCCUAUAACAAAAAAACAUGUUUUCUUUUAGAGGGUAUACAAUUUUCCCUUUUAUUUUUAUGUGAAUAUGCAUCAACUUGUGUUAAAACACCACAGCACUGCAGUGUGCUAAGGGUGUAAUACAAAUAUAGAUGAUGUUCUUCCUAGAAACUGUUGCAUGAGGUCAAGGUCAUUUGGGAGGCCAGGCUGAGUGACGCAGUGUGAUUUAAUUUAAUUCAUAAUGCACAUUUUUGUGUAUGUAGUGGUAGUAGUUUUGAAUAUGCACAUUUGUUAAAAAAGCAUGGUGCAAUUAUCAAAACUGCUUUGUUUGUUUGCUUUAAUCCGUUUCACCAGGCCCCUAUUAACACCUAGUUGCUGCUGGAAGACUGAAAAAGCUCAAUGGAUUUAGAUGAGUUACUUACAGCAAGUGCUGUGAUUUUUUCCCCCCAUUUAUUCCUGUUGAUCAUUUCCAUUUAAACUGUCCUGAUCAAUUUAAAUUGUCCACACAGAGUAAGAAGUAUUUUAGGAUGAGGACAAGAUUGUGUCCUCUUGUCAGGACGCUGCAGAGAGCCUAAGCAAUAUUUGCCCUUUCCUUCUCUCUCAGUCGGCCUGUAUACCUCGUUAGGCCAAGGUGACCACAUAUCAUUCUGUCUAUUUGAUCUGUUUGUGAAAUCGUCCCAUAAGAGCUUUCCAUGGAAGUCCUGUUAAAGACAUUUGGUGUUGGGAGCUUUAAGGAAAAACAGAAAGACCAACCAGAGGACAGAGACAUCACUUUUUUUUAUCUUUUUAUUGGUCAAGAUAAUAUUUUAGCAAUUAAUCGCAAAGGGGUCCAUGUUCAUGAAGUAUUUAAAAUGCACAGGAGAGUAUAUGUUCUGUUCUCAGCUGAUUACUAAUCAUGAAUCUGUAGGUUUUUCCAUUUUGUGUGCACAUUGAAAGGGCUCUUUGAAUUCUUUGUGAGUUAAACAUGUUUUGUCCUUUUGUUGAUGACUGUCAUAAAAGGACCAAUGCACAGGCACAUUGUACUAUUCGUAGCAAAUACAGUGCUGAUGAACUUAAGAUAUGCAUUAUUUUAUACACUUUUCAAAGUGUAAAACUAAAGAGAAAAUAACUUACUUUUACCUCAAGUCAGGGAUUCCUGAGAAAAUAAAAUAAGGAUUUGGUUUCUACCAAUGAUAUGAACUUUAAUAUUAGCACAUAGUUGUUUGUCUUUGCACAAGUAAAUGUAUAGUGCUUUGUUUUUUCCCUUUUUCUAAGACUUGUGUAUCAAGGUGAUACAAUUUUGUAUUUUUGUGACUGUGGUUUAGUGGAAUCUAUAAUUGUGAUUGACACCUCACCUGAAAAUGCUGGGAGUGAAAGAGUAUUUUAAAAAAAGGUGCACUGUCCCUUUGUUUCCAGAUAAAAAAUUGAAACCGUUUACAAAGACACCUACUGAUUUGAAUUUGCUUUCUUAAUAUUUUUUUCUAAUUACAAUUUAAACUAUUAAUGUUUCAUAUUCAUAUUCUGUGUAAACAAGAACUCUUAUGUAAAUUAUGUACAAACAUAUGGAAAAACCCAUGAUAAUCUUUACUUGAAAGCCUUUUUCCUUAAGUUUUUUAAUUGGUAAAGAUAAUUUCACUCAGUAGCAAUGCUUUACUCUAAUCCCAUAGGUUUUGUAUUAUCACAUUUUUGUAUAUUUAUUUUAUG